AUGCUGAGCGCUCUCCUUACGCCGCUCCGUGCGCGUUUCGACCUUUCGCCACGGCUGGCCCCGGAGACACCACUACCGCCUCAGGAACCGACUCCGGAGGACGUAGCACGCGAUGUGCUUGAAGAACUUAUGCGUCAGGCCAUAGAGAGGCUCAAGGCGCUAGAUGAACCACGAGAGAAGAUUGAAACUCUGUCGGAGGUGCACCGCAUCAUGCUCGAGGACGCGUGCACGAAAGACGUAUUCAGGGAGAGCGACGGUUUCUUGGCCGUCAUUAGUACUUUGUCCACACUCUCAUUACCGCGUAACGCGGUUGUGGUCGAGCCGGAGGAACAAGUGUCGAAGGAGACGCUGGAGGGUGUACGUCUGGUAUUCGUUAUCACGUCAGAGGCCAUGGACGAUAAUGACCCAAAUGCAUCGUACUUUGAACGGCACGUAGGCUACGACUCCCUCUCCGAAGUCCUGCAACCUCUGAUUGUCAAGGACGACCUACGCGACGAAAUCCUCGGCUUCCUCUUCUCACUCUCAAUGCACGACUUCUCCCUUGCUAGCAUCUUUAUGUCGCUUCGCGAUGUUCAAUACGACGAACUUGACCACCGCAUCCUUCAGGCAGAGCCCCGCCUAGGUCUCAUAGCGCAACCCGGUGCGCUGAAGCUCUUGCUUAGCCUCCUGCCCGACAUAGCUGCGGACCCGUCUUUGCACUACGUCGUCUACAAGCUAUUAGAACGUCUCACGGCUCUGAGUCACCGGAACAAGAUCGUACUCAGCAACCUCGGACUACUCGAUAUGCUAUUCAGGAACUUCAUGUCGUACAAGAGCGAAGGAGACGUCUCUACGCAGGAGCGACGUGUCAUGCAGAAGCUGCUGCGCCGCGUUCUAGAUCUAGGCGCCAACCCAUCUGAGGUUCGCGCAAUCUUCCGAGCCGCAGUAAACGAGGACAAUAGUCUCAAUGCUCAAGUGCUCGAGAUCUUGCGCGCUGGGAUGAAAGCUCGCUGGCCUGACCACUUCUCCCUUGAGAAGCGGGCUGCGAUUAAGUUCACAGAGAACAACAUUCGCGGUCUCCCUGGAGCUGGAUUCACUCUCUUGCUUUGGAUGUACAUUGAGCGCUAUCCGACCCGCAAGACGCAGAACAUCUUCACGUUCCGCUCGACCACUCGGGAUCUUUUCAGCGUCAAACUACGCGCAGAUGGUAAACUCGAACUAUGGAGCUCAAGUCAAGCGCGCGCGAGCGUGACGGUCAAAACCCCGCUGGCCCAGAACCGAUGGACGCACGUAACCGUAGUUCAUCGGCCUCAUCGGACCGCGGAUGCUUCCCUGCUACUCUACCUCGACGGAACACUAGUUGAGCCACUGAACUGGCAGUAUCCCAAGUCGGAGAGCCACGCGCAAGCUUGUUCCUAUGUGCUUGGAGAGGAUUCAGACGACGGAGAGCUGAGCUGGUGUCUGGCUUCAGCCACGAUGCUCGCAAAGCCGUUGCCCGAUCAUUACCCUCGACUGAUUCAAUAUCUGGGACCGCGCUACAACGCAACCUUCCAGUCAGACGACAUCGCCAAGUUUCUCACAUACGAGGCUGCAACAGGUCUCAGUCUGUUUCUCACGGCUAUGACGAGCAAGGGGACUGCAGGCAAGGACGCGGGUACCCUAGUCAAGGCCGUGAACGAAGGCUACGGGAUUGACGAGCUAUCCAUCGUUUUCUCAGCUACGCCGAGCAUCGCCGAUAUGCCCUCGCGCCUGGGUCAAUUGAACGUGCGGUUCUCGAAGGAGGGAGACGUCGUGCAUGCCCAAGCACGGUGUCUUGAUCUGGCUAUGUGGCAAAUAGGAGGACCCGCGGUAGCGCUUCGUCUGAUACAGUCCGCAACUACACCGCAUGAACUCUCGCGGACGCUCGGAAUCUUGACAGAUGGGCUGAGAAGUAGCUGGCAGAACUCAGAGGACAUGGAGCGCAUGCACGGUUACGAGAUCUUGGGAACCAUCCUGCGCACCAAGAGUCAGCUCAUCAACGUGACCACGUUCGAGACGCUCUUCGAGUUGAUAGGAAUGAACUUCCGCUCACCUGAGUUGUCCAUCGUACAGAACACUGUCGCAUAUCGCGCGAUCGCAUUGGACUUCGAACUCUGGGCAUCAACGCGAGAAGAGAUUCAACGCCAACACCUCGAGCACUUUUCGAUAUUGCUCUUGCACAGUCGCUAUAAGCGCUUCAACGUACGACAGCGACUUGGGAAGGUUCCACUUACCCGACAACUCUUGUUCAUCUGGCAAACGAAGUGGUACCCAGACGACGCGUUGCCAUACGUGCAGCACGCGCUGAAAGCUGUGAUCGAGGCUAUGUUCACUGCAGACGAAACCAUCAAACCGCUCGUAUCGUAUCUUGCGGCCAAUCUGCACGACACAUCCGCUCUCAUCGCUUCACCGCGCUCGGCUAUCUCGAAGAUCGACAACAUCAAUAAGUACGAGAAGGCCGAGCGUCUACUCGAGAUGCUAGUGCGCAUGUUGUGCUCGUCUCGAGAACAGCAUCGUACCUUUGCGGCAGCUCUUCCUCUCACGCGUAUCUGUUUGCUCUUGCUUGGCAGCCACCCUUCGCCCGUCGUGGCCGAGCAGAUCCUGGAGCUCAUUGCCGCGAGCAUCGACUUCAACUCGACCUUCAUUCGGAAGUACGAGCUCGUUGGCGGCUGGACUGUCUUGAGAACCGUUCUUCCGUCGGCUUGGAGCUUGGGUGUACAGUCUGCGACGUUGCGCAUCCUACUUGGUCGAUUCUGGGAUGCUCGCGAUAGUUCGCCACAUCCUCAAGUGAUCUGUUCGAACAUCUUUCCCACGGUCUUGGCUUCCCUCGACAAGCAACUACCACUAGCCGUCAUGCAGUCGUCCGUGACCGGCCUGAUAGGAAACUCUGAUGCCGACCACGAAACGCUCUGCUCGACACUCAUGGAAAGCAUGAUCCACCUACAAGCAGCCAGCCAGAGCUUCCGAGAUCUCUUCCGGUCGCAAUCGGUCACCCAAGCUUUCGUCACGGCAUUCAAGUCGUACUAUGUCGCGCUGAAGUCGGCAGAGCUUCGCCCCGGUCUGCUCAGUAUCUUGGACAAGCUGAAACACUUCGGCUUGACCCUUGCGCUCGACAACGCAGUCUCCGGCACUCAUAAGAGAGAGAUCCUGGACCUCAUCCAAUCGUCUGAAACGCUCGUUGACGGGCGCGAGUCUGGCAGCAUCGGCGUUGAUCCAGCUCUUGUUACAGAUCGGCGGUCGUUGACACAUCGGCUCACGUCCGCGCGCCUGAGUAUUCAGCUCGGUGAGAGGACCGUCACGAAAGCUAUGGCUCGCGUAACCGAAUGGAGGCGCACUAUUGUCGCCGCGGAGGCGAAGCGUCUUCGCAAGACGGUCAUAGACUUGCGUGAAGAUAAUCGACAAAGAGCUCGGAUGACCGACUGGAUCGUCCCGCUUACGAUGGAGCGCGGUCUAUGGGAGAAGCCUGACGUGCGACGCAAGUGGCAGCUCGACGAGACCGAAGGCCCAUUCCGAGUCCGGAAGAGACUGGAAUCUGUGGGUGAGGAGCACGAGAUAUCCAAGAUUGACGAGUCGACGUCAUACCGUACAGUAGAAAUGCCUACUGCGGAGGAGAACCUCGGCAUGCGCAUGGAAGUCCCUCCAUGGGCCGAAGCAUACGAGGUUUCAACUACUGAUGCCGAUGAGGAUCGUGAACUCAUGGAUGCCGAGGUCGACGACAAGCUUCGCCGCGUACGCCACGAGCUUGAGCCCGGAGAUGUAAUAGAGGCAGUCAGUACCGUCGCGCGCAUUACUGGCGUCGACUCUUCGCCUGGCCUUCUCAUACUCGGCCGAACGCACCUGUACAUGCUCGAUGGUCUCGUUGAGAACGACGACGGUGAGGUCAUUGAUGCGCAAGAUGCGCCCAAGAAGCUCUUCUUCGUACCCGGAAGUCAUCUCGAGAUCCACAACGCGGCUCUUCACGCACAACGAUGGGCCUAUGACAUGAUAGCAAACGCCGGCGAGCGCACCUUCCUGUUCCGCAAUGUCGCACUGGAGGUCUACUUCCGAGAUAGCUGCUCGCUUCUGGUGGUGUUCUUGACGCCAAAGCACCGCACGGACAUGCAGCAACGGCUGAAUGCGAUCCUUGGCAUCAACAAUCCAACUCUCGCUGCUCCGCGAACGCCGAACCCGCUCAAGUCUCCGUUCGUUGGUCGCGUCAUGGGCAGCAGCAGGGCGUUCUCGAUGUUCCGCGCGGACCAGCUUUCGACCGCGCAGCGCAAAUGGCAAGCCCGUGAGCUGAGCAACUUCUCAUACUUGAGCAUACUGAACCAAAUCUCUGGUCGUACGCCAAACGAUGUCACUCAGUACCCAGUAUUCCCAUGGGUAUUACAGGACUAUUCAUCCGAGAAGCUCGAUCUGAGCGACAGGAGCGUCUAUCGGGAUCUCACGCGCCCGAUGGGCGCUCUUACACCCGCUCGGCAAGAGGCUGCGCGCGCGCGAUACGAAGCUCUACAGAGCGUUGAGGAGCAACCCUUCCACUAUGGCACACACUUUAGCUCGUCUAUGAUCGUCUGCCACUUUAUGAUCCGUCUCGCGCCCUUCACGAACAUGUUCAAAACACUUCAGGGUGGCGAUUGGGAUCUUCCUGAUCGCUUGUUCAGCGAUAUCAGUCGUGCAUACACGUCGGCGGCAUCUGACAUUCGCGGAGACGUCCGGGAGCUCAUCCCUGAGUUCUAUACGUUGCCAGAGUUCUUGGAGAACACGGAUGAACUAGACUUCGGGGUGCUGCAGGGAAGCGGCGAGCGUAUCCACCACGUCCGAUUGCCACCAUGGGCCAAAGACGAUCCGCUCUUGUUCAUCACCAUGCAUCGCAAGGCUCUUGAGAGCGAAUACGUCAGCGAGAAUCUUCCAGCUUGGAUCGAUCUCAUUUGGGGAAGCAAACAGCGCGAUCCUGAUUCCCUCAACGCUUUUCAUCCCUUAAGCUAUGAGGGCUCCAUCAACCUCGACGAGAUUACGGAUGAGCUUCAACGCGAAGCGACUGUCGGUAUCAUCCACAACUUUGGUCAGACCCCGCGCAAGCUCUUCUCAACUCCGCAUCCCCAACGCAUGAUGCACGGCAUGUCAUCUCUUCCUCUAGGUCAGCUGCACGGUGUCGAGGAGGACCACGGACUCCUCGUGCAAAGCACCCGACCGGCCGCAAAAGCGCUCGGACGCGGCUUUGCCGUCAAAGCACUUGUUGCCGACCUGAUUGCGGAGCGCGUGCUUUCAUACCCAGCCGGUGUACUCGCCAACCCGAACCAUCCCGAUGAACGCGUUGAAUGGGGCCCUUCACGCACCGGGCGCGCGUCUGCGCCUGAGCUACGCCUCGUUGUUGAUGGCCGCAUCCAAAAGUCUCACGAGGGUGUUGAGGUGUCGUGUGCAGCAUUCGCAGACGCCGAGAACCUCGCGACCGGCGGGCCAGAUGGACUAGUACGCUUGUGGCGGCUACGUCGAGCACCUCAACAUUCGAUGAGCCUAUUACAUCUGCUGCGAGUACAUACCGGGCCCGUCCUGAGCGUCACUGCGAGCAGGCCGUGGAGUAUGGUGGUUAGCGGAGGCUCGGAUGGUACGGCCGUCGUAUGGGGACUGAAUCGCGCAAUCUACAUUCGAAGUUUGCAGCAUGGCGAAGGCGAGGAAGUCCAUCUUGUCGCGAUACAUGAACAAACGGGUUACAUCGCCUCGUGCUCGCGCAACAAACUUCUACUACACACGAUUAAUGGUCGUCCUAUCGCCUCGCUUGAUCUUACGCCAGGACCCGCGCACACUCCGCCUCCGAUUACCUCGUUUACGUUCCUGGAACGCGAGUACAGCGCUUUGGGCGGUCUUUUGGCAUGCGGCACGCCUGAUGGCCGUAUCAUACUGCGCACCUGGAGUGCCGAUGGGACCCCGGAAGGAGAGAAGGCCAAGUGGGAGUUUGUGACAUUGAGGACGCUCAAGGCGGCGAAGAACGCUGGUAUCACUGCUCUGAAGUUCGUCGGCGAGGAUCUCUUCCACGGUGAUCAUACAGGAAAUACGUACGUGUGGCAACUGCCCGAAUAA